GUGUCGAUACUUGAACUCGAUAGCUUGGAAUUUUCCUUGCUUCCCGAAGUCAAGUAUGGUAAUGUCGUGUUUUCAUCAGUGCCAGUUUAUGAGAAUGAAUUAUAAUUUGUGGUGUUUUCUUCAUUCAGAAAGAGAUUCAAAUAAACAUUCAAAAUGAAGUUGGUGCAUAAAAAUAUAGAGAGAGAUGGAGGAGGGAGUGUCGUACUUAUCCCAGAGGAGUCAGAGGAUAUGUGGCAUGCCUACAACCUUAUCAGCGAAGGAGAUAAUGUUCGGGCAUCAACUAUCAGAAAAGUGCAGACAGAAUCAGCGACUGGAUCAUCAAGCAGCAACCGGGUGAGGACUGUACUAAAAAUAGCCGUCGAAAACAUUGACUUCGAUACGCAGGCUUGUGUACUCAGACUGAAAGGACGCAAUGUUGAAGAGAAUCAAUAUGUUAAGAUGGGGGCAUAUCAUACUCUUGACUUGGAGCAGAAUAGGAAAUUCACACUGUUUAAACCAGAAUGGGACUCGGUGGCCAUUGAGAGAGUCGAAAUGGCUUGUGACCCCACCCAGAAUGCAGACGUAGCUGCGGUAAUAAUGCAAGAAGGUCUGGCCCACAUUUGCCUUAUCACAGCCAGCAUGACAUUGGUGCGAAUGAAAGUUGACGUCGCAAUUCCUCGCAAACGCAAAGGCAAUGUAAAACAACAUGAAAAGGGCUUGCAGAGAUUCUUCGAAAGUGUGAUGCAAGGACUGUUGAGACACGUGAACUUUGACGUGGUGAAGUGCGUGCUGAUUGCAAGCCCCGGCUUUAUUCGCGACGAAUUCUUCCAAUACAUGCUGGCUGAGGCUGUCAAGGCCGAUAGCAAAGUUCUCCUCGAGAACAAGUCCAAGUUCCUGCUGGUCCAUUCUUCGUCAGGUUUCAAACAUUCGCUCAAAGAGGUGCUAAUGGACCAGUCGGUUAUAGCGAAAAUGUCAGAAACGAAAGCAAUGGGUGAGGUGCGUGCGUUGGAGGCAUUUUACACCACACUACAGACCGAGCCUGCUAAAGCGUUCUAUGGCCUCAAACAUGUACAGGAGGCCAACAGGGCCCAGGCUAUUGAAACUCUGCUCAUUUCGGAUGUUCUGUUCAGGUGUAACGAUGUGAAUGAAAGGAAAUUAUACGUGGCUCUAGUUGAUAGUGUGAGAGAGAGCGGUGGUGAUGUCAAAAUUUUCUCCAGUAUGCACGUCUCUGGUGAACAACUGGGACAACUGACUGGCGUGGCAGCUAUUUUGAGAUUCCCACUACCUGAUCUUGAAGACGAUGACGAUUUGAGUGAUGAUGACGAAAACGAAAUGGAAACGGAUGAAAGAAACAAUUGAUCGUUAGUUAUAGACCUCACCAGACCUCCCUCCCUCCCUCCUCCUACGUGUACUAUAAAUGCAUUGCCUGUACUUUGUUGUUGAUUACGAAAUAAAUUAUUGCAAAGCAUGCAA